CUCAAAUCCCCAAUCCCAUCGCAAGCACCAGACUGUCCAAAGCAGCUCCUCUUCUUCCUAAUCACACUCCCCCAAAUCCAGCGGCGAUGUCUGGGCGCGGCAAGGGCGGCAAGGGGCUUGGCAAGGGCGGCGCCAAGCGCCACCGGAAGGUCCUCCGCGACAACAUCCAGGGCAUCACCAAGCCGGCGAUCCGGAGGCUGGCCAGGAGGGGCGGCGUGAAGCGCAUCUCCGGCCUCAUCUACGAGGAGACCCGCGGCGUCCUCAAGAUCUUCCUUGAGAACGUCAUCCGCGACGCCGUCACCUACACCGAGCACGCCCGCCGCAAGACCGUCACCGCCAUGGACGUCGUCUACGCGCUCAAGCGCCAGGGCCGCACCCUCUAUGGCUUCGGAGGCUAGAUUCCUGCCGUGCUGUGCCUGUGCUGGUGGCGGUCGUGUGACCUGUGUGAUAUGUGUCGUGGUGGAUGGGGUUUACUUCUCUGGCGUGCGUUUGUGUCGAGUAUUCUGUAAUACUACCAGUUUGCGUUCAAUGAAAGUACUCUGAUCCUGAAUUCUGAUGAAA